AUGCAUUCAGGUGAGAUACUCCAUGUUUCUAAGAGAAGAAUCGUGAGUAGCAGCUCUGAGUCCCAGUCAGCAGCUACACAGUUCUGCUUUGAAAAUGUAAAUGGGUCCUGUAUUAAAAAUCCCUAUUCCCAAGGACCCCGCGUGAUUCUCUAUGUGGUGUUUGGCUCUGGGGCUGUGCUUGCAGUGUUUGGAAACCUCCUGGUAAUGAUUUCUAUCUUUCAUUUCAAGCAGUUGCACUCUCCUGCCAGUUUUCUCAUUGCCUCCUUGGCUUGUGCUGACUUUUUGGUGGGAGCCACUGUGAUGCCCUUCAGCAUGGUGAGAUCGGUGUAGAGUUGCUGGUAUUUUGGGGAGACUUUCUGUACAUUUCAUAGCUGUGGCGACACAGCAUUUUGUUAUGCUUCCCUCUUUCAUUUGUGCUUCAUCUCCAUUGAUAGAUAUAUUGCUGUCUCUGACCCUCUGGUCUAUCCAACCAAGGUCACAAUGAAUGUUUCUGGGCUGUGCAUUGCUCUCUCAUGGAUGAUCCCAAUUACUUACAGUGGUUCUGUUUUCUACACAGGUGCCAAUGAUGAUGGAUUGGAGGAAUUAAUAAGUGCCCUCACCUGUGUAGGGAGUUGUCAGGUUUAUGUGAAUCAAAGUUGGGUGCUGGUAGAUUUUUUGUUGUUCUUCAUCCCCACCCUGGUUGUGGUCAUUCUUUACUCUAAGAUUUUUCUUGUAGCUAAACUCCAAGCUAGAAAGAUUGAAAACACAAGUUGCAAAGGAGAAUCUUCAUCCUCAGAGAGUUACAAAGCCAGAGUGUCCAAGAGGGAAAGAAAAGCAGCAAAAACAUUAGGCAUUGCGGUGAUUGCAUUUCUGAUUUCAUGGUUACCCUAUUCUAUUGAUGCAUUGAUUGAUGCAUUCGUAGGCUUCAUCACCCCUGCCUAUGUUUAUGAAAUCCUUUGUUGGUUUGCUUAUUAUAACUCUGCCAUGAACCCCUUGAUUUAUGCUUUCUUUUACCCAUGGUUUAGGAAAGCAAUAAAACUUAUUGUAACUGGGAAAAUCUUACAGGAUAGCUCUUCAACCAUGAAUUUAUUCUCUGAGCAAGGCAAAGGAUUAGAAUAA